AGUCGGUACUUCAACUCACUGGCACAAACAGUAGGAUACCUCUACUACCUCUUAGAGACUUUAACACAGCUGUUCGCUGAUUAACUGUUCAACAACUGACAUGAAACUGACCUUUAUCACUUUAAAAGAGGGUCUAUUUUGCAUAAACAUUUCUGAUAGAAUCAUACAAGGAACUAUGCUUUAAGAAAGGUCCAAGAUUGAUUCGGAUAACGCUUUGAAGCUGCCUUCCAUACCCACUGAGACACCAUUUCUUCUGGAUGUGGAGGAGGCGACAGAGCUCUGGGCAUUGUGUUGGUGCUCUCCGGUGCAUGAGCACCCUGGCUGGGACAGCCCGUCGGCCCUGGACCCCGAGCACCAGUGGUUGCCGGGCGGUACAGGGGGUGGGCAGAGCGCCAUGGUAACGCACAGUAGGUUUGACAGCGCCAUGAGCAGCAGCCCCUUUGAAGGCGGCGUGCGGCUGCCCCCCCACCGGUACAAAACCUUCAGUUCUAGGGCGCAGUAUCAGAUGGUGCUCACGGCUGCACGCAAACUACAAGAGAGUGGCUUCUACUGGAGCACCGUGAGUGGGAAGGAGGCCAGCGCACUUCUGAGCGCAGAGCCCUCGGGCACCUUCUUGGUACGUGACAGCUCAGACCACCACCACUUUUUCACACUCAGUGUGAAAACAACCACAGGCACCAAAAACCUGCGCAUCCAGUGUGACGCCAGCUCCUUCUUCUUGCAGACAGACCCGCGGAGUGAGCAGGCGGUACCGCGUUUUGAUUGUGUUCUCAAACUCAUCCAUCAUUACAUGCCCUCUACCAAUGGGACGGGGACCUCAUCCAAGGUCCAGGCUGAAGGGAACAGUGUUGUAGACGGAGGAAGUGCAGGAGAUGGGAGUGCAUACUUCAUUUACUCCGGUGAGGAGAAGAUCCCUCUGGAGCUACUGCGUCCACUUGCAUCCAGCAUGUCUAGUUUGCAGCAUCUUUGUCGCAAGACUUUAAAUGGCCAUAUUGAUGUGUCCACCAAACGGGACCAGCUGCCUCAUCCACUCCAAGAGUUCCUAGAGGAAUAUGAUGCCCCUAUCUAGCUAUUCUUUAGAGCCCCAGAUGUGUUUUAGAUAAGAAGGGCUACAUGUGCAGAAGAUGUGCAUGCCAAUAAAUGUCCGCAAUGGUGCAGAAUUGCGUAAGUGGAGAUUGACUGCGCCUGACCUCGUGUGUCUGUUAGUAUUGCAGGCCAGAUGUGCCUUCGACCUCUGGAUUGUGAACCUUUGGCAGGGUAUGCCAUUUGAAGGACAGCCUGAGAUUUGUACUUCAACUUAAGUGGUCGGUGGCAAGGAUCUGACAUCUCAGUAGCUGUUGACACGAACGGAUGCGCAGAUCACGUUUGUUGUCUCUUUGCAUCCUGUUCUGUGUUCCACUGACCAGUCUCCAAGACAGACUGCUGAAGAUAAACACAAGUGAUAGUUGAUCUGUACAGGAGUUAAGUGUGCUGCUAUGGCUAUGGUCCAGCUUCUCGCCAUUGAUCGAGAGAGGCUCCCUCAAUCUGUUUUAUCCAGCUCAACAUUUUUGACUUUCUCCUGGAAGGAAAACAUUGGUGUUUGCGAUGACAUACACAAUUCCACUGCUUCUUGCCAAGCAUAAUUGCCUCGAGUGGGCGUGGGGGUGCAAACGGGGUGGCUACUUACCGCUCACAACUGACACUGCUGUGUCUACUCUGGUGACUGAAAGAAAUGGGUCAAUGCAAGGGACUAGAGUCAAAGAACGUGUGAACCAUAUAAACUGGACGAGAGGCCUGUAACUUUGGAUAGUUUCAGCCUCUGACCUCCCUUAGCCCUCUCUGGAGAAAACGGCCCCUGAGGACAGCUCAGUGGACUGUUACUUUGUAACUUGACAGGAGCCAAAGCAAAUAUUAGUUACAUUUGUGCUAGGAAAAGGCAGGCAACAACUGAACAAUGUUUAUGAUUAAAUUCCAAGUAGAUAUGAACAUAUACAUAAAUUGACGUUCAUAUACUGUGAAACAAAUACAAGCACAGUAUGUAAAAUCUUUCUUAACUGAUUUACUGUGUUGUUUGACAUGUAGGACUGUGCUUCUCUCAUCACACAGAGAGGCAUUUGUACUUGUGCUCAUGAAAAAUCAGUUAUGCUUCAAAACAAUGACACAGUGUUUGUUUCACUAGCAGGAUGUGACGUCUGCUAUUCACUGAAUGUAUUCUGAGUCUAUGGAAGGGCUUACAGUUCCACUUGUAGAUUGUCUUUUUGUUUCAUAUUUUGUCAAAUCAAGGUGUUUACAUGUGUGGCCACCAAUAGGACAGCAUGUUUUCUACUGUCUUUUAUAAAGAUGUCUCAUCUUAAUGUCUGGUCUGAUGACCUCAGUGCAAGCUUGAAGAUCAAAAAACAAAGGCAUUAAAAUAGAAAAUGCAGCAAGAAACUUUGCACAUAUUUAUAUUUAUAAGAUGUUUCCAUAAUUUAUAUUAAAGAGCACUAUUUUUACAAAACGGA